CAGACAGCAGAGCUUGCUGGCCCCUCUCUCUGCAACAGGUGCCAGUCCUCCCUGGCCGAUCUGCACGGUGGCAGUGAUGGGGUUGCCAUGGGAACCGCAGCCGUCCUUGGAGCGGUCGGUCCUCGUGUAGCUGCAGCCCCAGAGCCGACAGAGCUGCCCCACCGCAGAGAGAGGCUAGUUGCUCGGUGUUCCCCUGCUUCCUUCCCCCCUAAAGUCUCUGCCCAAUGCGGGCCUUGGGGGGCAGGCUGAGUCCCUCGAAGGUUCUUGCAAUGACGGGUUGGUCCCAGUGCUAGCUAGCAUCCCUCCCUGUGCAGCUGCUUUUCAAAAAUCUGUGACUUCAUUAAUUGGUAUCAAGGCUUGUUACUUCCAUUCUGGCUCUUCUUCCUCUCCCUCUUCCCCAUUGCUGCCCUUGCUGAAGGUGUACUGCUGCUGCCCGUCUCCUUAUUUAUAAACCUUAAAUUGGCACCCACACGGCCUUUUUUGUUAAACAGAUUUACAGUCCACGAGACCAGCGGUGGAUGUCAGCCAGCACCGGAGUGGCCUGCAGGAAGCUCAUGUUCGGAAACAGAGGAUUAGAAGAUCGGCUCGGUCGCGAAAAGCUCCGGUUGAGCCCCGUCUUUUUUCCGCGGGGCGGGCAGGAGGCGGGGCAGAGCGGCGACCCAUUGCUCCCCCCGCCCGCAGCGCCAGCUCGGAUUGGCAAAGGAGGGGCUUCCUUGCCGCGGCCGCCACCGCCACAAGCCGGGCUGCGCGAAAAGGGAGCGGCCGGUCGGAGAGCAGCUCGUCUCGAGGGGCGGGAUCCCAGCACCAUGUCGGGGCCCCGGGGGCUCGCCCUUCUCCUCCUCCUCCUCCUCCUCCGCCUGCCGGGCGGCCGCUCCGAGAGGACCCGCCAAGGUAUGAACUCUGUGGGGAAGCCCACCGGCUCAUUUUCCCACUGGGAGGAGCUCACAAACAGCACCUUUCUCAGGAGGAAGACAGCACCCUCCAGAUACCCCACCCCAGAAAGUCCGGAGCAGGUGCCAGAAGAGCCCCUGGAUGCCCUGACUCCUAAGCUGGCCUUGCCCCCAAAGGGGGCCUCAGGGCCCACCGCACGACCAACCCCUCCUGCCAGGAAGAAGCAGGGGAAUCAGCAGCUGAAGUCAGCCACCAGCCUCGGACCCUUUGUGGAGAGCUGGCAACCCCUGGAUGAUUUGGGGGAACGUCUUCCCGGGUCUCUGGAAGAAAACCCCAUCGUGCCUGGCGGGGACAGCAGGGAAAGCAGCCACAACGUGACCAGCCAUUCCUUGCUCCAGAUCUCUCCUUUCACAGUUCCGUUGGUGACCCAGGGUCCUGGUGCUUCUCCUCAAGGGCUGACCGAGACCCUUGAAAAGAAAGUCGGGAUCCUGCCCAGCAGCCCCUCCCAGAGUGCCAAGGGCGGAUCUUCCUCCAGGGAAGAGGGCCGAGAAACAACUUCUGCUAUCGUGAACCCCCCGGAGCAGCUGUCGAGUCUCUGCAGCAUGGAUUUCUCUGAACCGGAGGGUUACAUCGACUCAGCUGAGGCUCCCCUGGUGCCCCAGAAUGGCUUCCUGGAGUGCACCUUCCGGGUGACGGUCUACACCGGAUACGGCGUGGAGCUGCAGGUGAAGAGCGUGAACCUGUCCGAGGGGGAAGUGCUGGCCAUUCGCGGUGAGGAAGAUGGCCACUUGGUCACACUGGCCAACCAGACCCUCUUGGUAGAAGGCCAGGUCAUCCGCAGCCCCACGAACACCAUCUUGGUCCUCUUCCGAGCCUUCCCAGAUGACCGUGGGACUUUCCAGCUCCAUUAUCAAGUAUUUAUGCUGAGCUGCAGCUUCCCACGGAGGCCCAAUUUUGGGGAGGUGGCCGUCCUGGGCCUGCACUCGGGGGGCCUGGCUCACUUUCACUGCCACCUGGGCUAUGAGCUGGAGGGGCCCCAGAGCCUGACCUGCCUCAACGCUUCCAAGCCGCACUGGAGCGCCCCAGAGCCUAACUGCUCAGCCCCCUGCGGAGGCACCGUGCGCAACGCCACCAUUGGCCGCAUCUUGGCACCAACCUUGCCGCGGAGCCCCUCGGGCAGCAGCGUGGCUUGUGUGUGGACGGUCAGUGCCCCUCAGGGCCAGAAGCUCCACCUGAACUUUGAGAGGCUGGUGCUGGGGGACAAGCAAAGAAUGGUGGUCUAUGAUGGAGAAUCGAACCGCUCAGCCGUGCUCUACACCUCCCAGCAGGGCAGCAAUGUGCCCUUCGAAGGAGUGAUCAGCGAAGGGAGCUCCUUGCAUGUCGACUUCACCUCGGAGGACCCCAACGCAGAGCCCACCUUCAGCGUUCGAUUCGAAGCUUUUGAGAAGGGCCACUGCUAUGAGCCCCACCUGCAGAAUGGCAACUUCACCACCUCCGACGCUACCUACAACCUCGGGACCAUCGUGGAGUUCACCUGCGACCCCGGCCACACUCUGGAACAAGGCCCAGCGGUCAUUCAGUGCAUCAACCUCAGGGACCCCUACUGGAACGACACGGAGCCCCUGUGCCGAGCCACCUGUGGAGGAGAGCUCUCCAUAGCGGUUGGGGUCAUCCUGUCCCCCAACUGGCCAGAGCCCUAUGCCGAGGGCGAGGACUGCAUCUGGAAGGUCCACGUGGGAGAGGAGAAGCGAAUCUUCCUGGACAUCCAGCUCUUGAACCUGAGCCAGAGCGACAUCCUCACGGUCUACGACGGGGACAAUCUCAGCGCCCACAUCCUGGGCCAGUUCCUGGGCAGCAGUGGGCCCCAGAAGCUCUACUCCUCCACGCCCGACUUGACCAUCCAGUUCCACUCGGACCCGGCUGGCCUCGUCUUCGGGAAGGGGCAGGGUUUUACCAUGAGCUACAUCGAAACCUCACGGAACGAGUCCUGCUCUGACCUGCCGGAAAUCCAGAAUGGCUGGAAGACCACUUCCCACACCGAGCUGGUUCGGGAGGCCAAAAUUACCUACCAGUGUGACCCGGGCUACGAUAUUGUUGGCAGCGACACCCUCACCUGCCAGUGGGACCUCACCUGGAGCAGCGACCCCCCUUUCUGCGAGAAAAUCAUGUACUGCACGGACCCUGGAGAGGUGGAACACUCGACCCGCUUGAUUUCGGACCCGGUGCUCCUGGUUGGCACCACCAUCCAGUACACCUGCAACCUGGGCUUUGUGCUCGAGGGCAGCUCCCUUCUCACCUGCUACAGUCGGGAAACGGGGACCCCCAUCUGGACCUCGAGGCUGCCUCGCUGCGUGCCGGAGGAAUCUCUGGCCUGCGACAACCCAGGCCUGCCCGAAAACGGGUACCAGAUCCUGUACAAGCGCCUGUACUUGCCGGGCGAGUCGCUGACCUUCAUGUGCUAUGAAGGCUUCGAGCUGCUUGGGGAGCUGACUCUCAAGUGCAUUCUGGGACAGCCCUCCCGGUGGAGUGGGCCACUCCCCACCUGCAAAGUCAAUCAAGACAGCUUUGAACAUGCCUUGGAAGUAGCAGAAGCUGCGGCAGAAACGUCCUUGGAGGGAGGCAACAUGGCGCUGGCCAUCUUCAUCCCCAUUCUUGUCAUUUCCUUGCUGCUGGGGGGCGCCUAUGUCUACGUCACGAGGUGCCGCUACUAUUCCAGCCUGCGGCUGCCCCUCAUGUAUUCGCAUCCAUACAGCCAAAUCACGGUGGAGACGGAGUUUGAUAAUCCAGUUUACGAGACAGGGGAAACCCGGGAAUACGAGGUGUCCAUCUGAAGCAGCCCCCAACACACACACCGCCUCAACAUCUGUCCCCAAAGCCCACUUGGAGACGUGAUGGAAUCUCCUGAGAGCUGGAACCCGCUGCUCUCCUUUCACUUUCAAUCCAGGUGUGCCCACUUCUUCCUCCUCAUCUUGGUGGACCCUCCCUCAGUGGUUUCUCAAGUCUCGUGGCAGGUGCUGGGCUCAGGCUUUGCUGGCAUGGAGCUGAGCCCGCUCGGCAACACAGCUGCUCCUGCGGCCAGCCACAAGGGACACCCUCGCUCGGUUCAUCUUCUGGGUCUUGUGGAUGCGUUUUGAAAACCUGUGGCUGAAAACUGAGGCUGCCUCUGGCGAAGGAGUGAGAUUUGGCUUGCCUCUGUGGCCAAGUUCCGACCGCUUGGCAGGGCUGCUCUUCUCUUGCCCCCCUCCCAGGCACAGCUGGUGCAACUUCUGCCUCUGCCUGAACUGGGGGCCGGGGGCGGAGGAAGUGGAGCCCUCACGGGAAAACACAGCAGCCCUGGGACUCGGGGGCCACUGGCUGCCGGGGAAGACCCAGAAGCUCAGCCAAGGGAAACCCCUACCAAGGCCUCUCCCCAUUUUUAUUUUGAGCGUGAGGUAUGAACUGCAGCAGCCCCUUAGCCAGGACGAGCGAGGAAGAAGAUGCAGCAAGGCGUCUCCUGGCGAUGGAGGGGUCUCAGACACGGUCCUUCUGAAGAAAAAUAUCCUUGGCUGUUGCAACCUCUUGUGUCAUCUUGGCCCUGAUCAAAUGCUGGGUCCAUGCAAGCCCCCUCUGCAGAGGAGCACCCCUUGCGAGCUUUGACAAAGGCCACCUCUGGGGUCUCCUGUCAGCCAGGACGGGGAGAGGAGGUGGACUGGGCCAUUGUCCCACCAACAGAGUACCCUCUGUCCCAGCCAUCCACUCACCAGGAGGCAUCAGGAGCCCCCCCCUGAACCUUCCCGCCUUGCGAUCCUACAGGUGGCUCAAAAUGCAGGGCUGGUGUCCUGCUGGAUGCCUCUGCUCUGGGACAAGUCGGGCUUUAAGGAGGAGAAAGGGAAGAAGGGCCAAUGGGCUCCGGCUGCUCCUCUUUCCAUGGAAACGAGAUGAGGACAGAAGACUUUGGCUUGUGGAAGACAUGUCCCUCCCUCCCUCCCCUCCCCCCUUGCCCCCCCCGCCUCCUGAUCAAGCCCACUCUUGUUAUGUGGAUGAACUGAAGGAGGCAGAUAUUUGGCUGAUUUAUUCCCAUCUUUGUAAAAACCGUGAAAAUGUAACCAUGACAAUUUUUUAAACAUGUCUGUUUUAGAUUAGAAA